UGCACUUUUGAGGUCAAAUUACUUUUAAUUUUGUACAUGUACAUGACCCUGUGCUGUUAUAAUAAUCUUUAAAAAGGUUCUGUUAUACGAUUAAAUCAUUUUUGAUUUAAUCGUAUUUGAUGUAUCAUUGCAAUUUAAACUUAAAGGUUUAAAUGAAACAAAGACACUGAAACCCCCAGGUGGAAUGGAAUGGAAAAAACUGAGAAAAAAUGCAGAGCGUCAUCAAACAAAUGUUAAUAUCAGGCAAAGAAAAUCAUAAUCAUUUUAUUUGUUAAGGAAAAAAAGAACAAUUCAAGCUUAGAUCUAUGUGGAAAAAGUAAUUGCCAUCCUUGGUGACAACAGUUGCCAUCAGACAUUUGAUACCUGCCAAUGAUUCAAUUUUAUAUUACUGCAUAAGAAUUUUGUUCAUCUUUGCAGAAGUGUUUUAAUUCAGCCGCACUGGAUGGCUAUUAAGCAGGUAUGGCUUGUCAAAGGCCAACUGGGGUUUAAGACAGGACUUUGACUAGACCAUUCCAAAACCUUUUAUUUUGCUUGUUUUGUUUUGGAACCAUUUAAAUUUCCAGUGUGCUCUGGAUCAUUGACCUGCAGCAUUACCGAAGUGAGCGUCAGAUUAAAGCAACAAAAGGGUGGCUGGAUUCUCCUUCACGAUUAACCGCUAAAGAGCAGAGCUCGUGGUUCCAUUAAUAAAGGCAAGUUAUCCAGGUCUUAAAGCAGCAAAGCAGACCUAGAUCAUCACACUACCACCCAGCAUGUUUGACUGUAGGUAUGUUCUUUUUAUGAAAUGCCAUGUUUGCUUUGAGCUAGAUGUAAAAAAACAAACAAAAAAAAAAACAAUUUGUUUUAGUCUGCAGAACCGUUGAUAAGUUUCUGCUGUGUUGGCUACAGAUGGAGCUUGAUUAUUCAGAGCUUUGCAUGUAUGAAGAGAAUAAUUAACAGGAACCCAAUGUAGAUGAUCAGCUGAAGUAAACGUGUGGCCUGUUCCUUUAAGACCAAUUAAAGCAGGUUCUUCUAUUAUGUUGAUUUCACAAAUAAAAGCAUCGUUUUUUUACAGCUCCCACAUAGACGCAGAGAGGAGGAGAUGCUGAUGAUGAUGUCUAGAUCUCUUCUGAAUCAUCCCAGCAGGUGUCAGAGGUCGCUUCCCGGACCUCGUGUUGCUGUGUGACCCGCAGAUCCCGCCCCCUCCCCGGCUUCUACCUGCCGUCUGCGCCGCGCAGCUGCGGACGGAGCGCACUCGAUGCGGGAAGGGCUUCGGGAGUGUCUGUCUCCGCCAGCUGCCGCCUCCAAAUGGAUUACGAGGCGAAGAUUUUCCCCCAAUCCGGGGGUUACGGGCGCUACAACCGGGUCGUGGUCGUCUUCAGCUGGUUCCCCACCUUCGCGGUGAUGUUAAACCUCUUCAGCGACGUUUUUUACACCCUGAUCCCGAGCAUGUAUCGAUGCAAGCCGGACCCGGAGCAGCUGCCUUCCUCUUUCUUGCUCAGUAACUACUCCAAGCAGGACUACCUGAACCUCACCCUCUCCUGGGCGAACGGCUCGGGCCUCAGCCCCUGUGAGCUGUGGUACAACGCAAGCAUCUCGGACUUGUCCGGAGAGGUGCCGCAGAAGACCGCAUCCUGCACCACCGGGUGGGAGUACUCCACUGUGGUGGGACUCCAGAGCAACUUUGUCACGGAGUGGAAUCUGGUUUGUGACGACUACUGGAAGAUCCCCCUGCACCGUAUCUGCUUCAUGAUGGGAUGGAUUGUGGGAUAUGUCUUUCUGGGUUCAUUAUGUGACUGGUUGGGUCGUCGCCGGGGUUUCCUCCUCUCCAUCACCCUGUCUAGUCUCUUUGGGGUGGCUGUGUGUCUGUCCAGCAGCGCUGUGGUGUUUCUGCUGCUGCGUCUCUGUCAAGGCGCCUUUCUCGCUGGCGUGUUUGUGUCGUCCUACAUUCUCAGGUUGGAGCUAUCCGACCCUUCCCAUCGCCUCAUGGUUGCCAUGACUGGCGGUUUCUUCGGUGUCUCCGCGGAGCUGCUGUUGCCGGGCUUCGCUGUUCUGAGCCGCGAUUGGCCCAUUCUCCAGGCCGUGGCAACUUUGCCUCUGCUUCUGCUGCUCUCCUAUUGGUGCUGUGCGUCAGUGUUUCCUGAAUCUCCUCGCUGGCUGCUGGCCACAGAUCACAUUCUCCAGGCCAAGAGGAGCCUGCAGGAGUUUACCACCAGGAAUGGGGUUUGUUUCCGAGAAGAGAUGUACCCUGGCGAAGCCCUGCUGUCAGAAAUAGACUCUGGAUAUAGAGAAGACCUCCAGCCGAGGUACUAUUCGGUCCUGGAGCUCCGUCGGACUCGCGUCAUCUGGAAGAACUGCCUCAUUCUCAGCUUCACUCUGUUUAUUGGAACAGGCAUUCAGUACUGUUUCACCAGAAACCUGCACAUUUACUCCAACAACUUCUACUUCACGUACUUCCUGCGUGUGAUAACAGGGGCCCUGGCUUGUGUCUUCAUCUGUAUGUCCGUCAAUCACUUCGGUCGGCGUGGAAUGCUCCUGCUGUCCGCCAUCAUCACCGGGUUGUCCUCGCUGCUGCUGCUGGCCCUCACUCAGUAUCUCCAAGGCGGUCUGGUGUUGGUCCUCUCUGUGGUGGGUUUGUUGUUCUCUCAGGCACUUGCAAUGCUCAGUGCCUUCUUCGCCUGUGAGGUCAUGCCAACUGUAGUUCGAGGCGGCUGUUUUGGUCUGGUGUUGGCGGCGGGCUGUGUUGGCAUGGCUGCCUCCUCCCUGUUGGAUCUUCAGAAUAAUGGCGGCUACUUCUUGCACCAUGUCAUCUUUGCCUCCUUCGCCGUCCUGUCCGUGCUCUGCAUUAUGCUCUUGCCUGAAAGCAAACGGAAGUCGCUCCCAGACUCCCUGAAGGAGGGCGAGAGCCAGCGACGGCCGCCUCUCUUCCUGACCCGACCGGACAGAGACAAUCUGCCUUUGCUGUGCACGCGGCCUCCAGUGUCCGAGUACAAUCCUGAUAAUUAUACUCGCUUGGUUUCUGCUACCAGGAAGAUGUUGGCCAAAGAUAAUUUGCCUUACAGGAUUGCUGGGCCAGCUGUUCCUCCCCAGCUGUCGGACAGCAACACGCAGGAGCGAGAGAAUGAGACACAGAGGGAGGUUGUAUCAUAAACCUGUAAUCAGCCUCGUCCCAUAGACCUUUACAGACUUAUAUUCCAAAGAUACCUCAGAAAGAAAACUUGUCACCAUAAAUGUUGACCGCAGUGCACCUUAUUUCUGUCUCUUGUUACAUAAGGUGUAGACACUUCCUCUCUUUGAUUCAGGUCUUGUACCUUUAGCUGAAGCCUUUUUUCAUCCAGCUGUCAGUAUGUAUUUUAAGUUCUCACUGGACUGUAAAAAUCAGCAGUUCUGUCUGAGAUGAUGUAGUACGCUACUUUCAAAGGAUUUAUUUUAAAACAGGGUUGAGUUGAGUAGUCAGUAGUAGUGAGCAGCCAGGAUAUCGGUGUCAGUAUGUGAGUCAGUCAUGCAAAUAGCUACGUAAUCUAAUCUGGACAUAUUCAAGAGCAAGUUUCCACAUUGUGUAAUUCAAAAUUAUUUUAGCUAAAUUUAUAGUAAGUACUUUUACACCCAGUCACAUUUGCACAUAACAGUUGUUCAUUUUUUUUCAGCUGUCGCUGCCGUUACUGUUAAAAUAUCCUACCUGAAUCUUCUUCCUUUGUAUAUUCUGAUUUAUACAGAUAUUUUCAUGUCACCGGAAAAAAAACACAUUUUACUGACUGAAGUUGUUUUUUUUUUUGUUUAUAAUAGAUCAAUUUGCAGUUUUUGGCAGCUGCACUGCACUGUUGUAGCAACUCUAGUGUUUUAAGAAAAUAAAAACAUAUAUAAAAAAUAUUAAUAAAGUGAUGAGGUGUAAAAA